AUGUCGAAGAGGGCAGUCACUUCUUGGCUGCGGUCCUUCGGUACCGUCGCGGGGGGGAGUGCGAAAAGGGUGAGCUCAGGGACACGGCACGUACUUCAACAAUCUUACACCAAGCAAUGGACCCGGUUGGCUUCGAACACCGCUCGACGACCGAGACCUAUUCUCUUGACAGCUGGCGCCGGCGCCUUGUCGACCGUGCUGCUUCUCGGUUUAUGCCCGACUCCGAGAGAAGGCAGGGAAACAACCGGGCAGCUCGAAGCCUCAUCGUCGGCGCCGCCAUCAUGGCCACGUUACCGCUUAUCCGAGAUCAAACAACACGGUGCCGACUCAGAGAGGCCGUGGGUGACGUACGCCGGCUCCGUCUACGACGUUACGGACUGGGUAGCUGCACACCCCGGCGGAGAGGUCUUACUCCGCGCAGCAGGCGGCGCCGUCGAACCGUACUGGGACAUCUUUUCCAUCCACAAGCAACACCUCGAAGACGUUUUGGCGAUACUGGAGGGCUACAAGGUCGGCGAGGUCGGCGAGGUCGACGAGGUUGACCGCCACCAUCUCUCGGGCGGCGUGGUGGAUGACCCUUUCCAAGACGACCCAAUUCGCGAUCCGAGGUUGCGCACACUCACCGAGCGGCCGCGAAACGCAGAGACACCAGUCGAAGGGUUGACGGACUUCAUCACACCCACGGAACUGUUUUACGUCAGAAAUCACAUGUGGGUACCUGCGGUGGAGGAAGCGGCGGCGGCUGAGCACAUCGUCAUUUUUGAGACGCUGGACGGCGAGGAGAGGGCGUACACCCUUCAAGAGCUGCGUGAGCGGUUUCCCAUUCACAAAGUCAGCGCGACGCUCCAGUGCGCCGGGAACAGGAGGAAAGACAUGACGGAACGCGCAGGGAAGACGAAUGGGCUGCAAUGGACGGCCGGGGCGGUCUCGACGGCAGAGUGGGAGGGGGUUCUGCUGCGGGAUGUCAUCGCCGACGUGACGGGCAGCCACAACGCCGUCGCCGAUGGUCGCUUGACGGGGGUCAAGCAUGUCCAUUUCGUUGGCUUGGAGGCUUACGCCGCGUCGAUACCCAUCUCGAAGGCGUUGGACCCGUCCGGUGACGUGCUACUCGCAUUUGGCAUGAACGGCGAACCUUUGACGCGGGACCACGGUUUCCCGGUGAGGGCCGUCGUGCCGGGCAACGUCGCCGCGCGGAGUGUGAAGUGGCUGAGGCGCGUUACCUUGUCAGACGAAGAGUCGUCUUCUCAGUGGCAGCAGAGAGACUACAAGACAUUCUGCCCCAGCGCAGGCCCGGACCCAGAUUGGAGCUCUGCACCUGCGAUCCAGGAGAUGCCGGUAACUUCGGCCAUCAGGGCCGUCAAGAUGGAGGAGCCGAGUCAGGGGUCGGGCGAAGGAAAAACAAUAAGAGCAGAGGGGUAUGCGUACUCGGGCGGAGGGCGGGAAAUUGUGCGGGUGGACGUCAGCACCGACGGAGGCCGGACGUGGCGGCCGGCGAACCUCAUUGACGAUGCGGCCUCCGGGAAGAAGGCUUGGUGCUGGAAACGGUGGCGUUACGAGGGUCUGGUCACGGACGACCGCGAUGAGGGAGCCCAAAGAGAAGACGAGAGGGUUAUCGACUUUGUGGUGAAGGCGACGGAUGAGGCGUAUAAUACCCAGCCCGAGAGCUAUGAGAGCAUCUAUAAUGUGAGGGGCAACCUAGCGACGGCGUGGCAUCGUAUCGAGAUUGGUAGAUCAGAGAGGGUGUCGGAUUAG